AUGGGAGGGCAGCCAAUCAUAAGCGACGACCGGCACGCAUGGAGUGAGGCUCACGAAGACGAUCUAAUUACCACUGCCGACCCCAGUCAAAUGGACGCCACCAGCACAUGGAUAUCAGAGAAACUUCUUCCCAACUAUCACUGGUGGAUUGGCAAGCAUUACAAGGCACCAAUUGAUGCGGAACCCUUGACUGGAAUCGCAAACUACUUAAACAAGGGAAUUAUCAAUGCGGUCGAUAUCCUAGCUACUAAUGUUUCAUGCCUAUUCUCAAUUCUAUCCAUCGUGGCUCUGUAUUUUAUUCAGAGUAUUGCACUUCGCAUUGGGAUGACGGCCAUCUUCACGGCGGUGUUCUGUCUCUGUCUCGCUGCGAUGACUGAGGCUCGGAGGUUCGAAAUCUUUGCGGCAACAUCAGCAUUUGCUGCGGUGCAAGUUGUCUUCAUCGGUACGACGGGUAACUGUUCAGGCAGCGGCAAUUGA